CUUGUCGGGAAGCUAUCGUGAGAACUCGAGCUUAUUAGUUGUGAAGUGUUGCUUGUUGACAUACCACGUGGACGAGUCUCUCAGUGCCUGUGGGAGACGCUUAAGAAACUCUUCACUCAUAAAUGUGGCCUUAGUCGAAGUCCGUCCAAGAUUAGUUUUAGCGCAAGUGCCUCGCCCAGCAAGGAGUAACGACGACCUACACUCCGACUCAACUCGAUUGCCGCAUUCUCCGACCGAACGAUCCGCUUAUUGCCCCUUAAAUUUGCCAAGGAGUGUCCCCGUUUCCGGACACCCAAUGUUCUGUUGAGUUAACGUGAAAUGACGGUAACAGGAGCCGCUAUGAUGCAGACGAUGCAGCCCUGUUUUGUGGGAUACCCAUUCCAGGGGAUGACUUCUCCGGCAGGCCAGGGGAGAGUCAACCAGCUGGGUGGCGUCUACAUCAACGGCCGCCCUCUGCCCAACCACAUACGACUCAAGAUCGUGGAGAUGGCAGCCGCAGGUAUACGUCCCUGUGUCAUCUCUCGCCAGCUCAGGGUAUCCCACGGCUGUGUAUCCAAGAUUCUCAAUAGAUACCAGGAGACUGGAUCCAUCCGUCCUGGUGUUAUCGGUGGCUCCAAGCCUCGCGUCGCAACCCCGGAGAUCGAACGUAAAGUGGCAGAUUACAAGAAGGAGAACCCUGGGGUCUUCUCCUGGGAGAUACGAGACAGACUGAUCAAGGACGGUCUGUGUGACAGGAACACAGCGCCCUCUGUCUCAGCCAUCUCCAGACUCCUCAGAGGCAAGGAUGACGACGACGAUACCAAGAAACCCAAAGAUGCCAUGAAACAGACGAGUUCUGGAUCAGACGUGGAGGAUGGUUCUGAAGACGAAGACGACCCACAGAUGAUGCUCAAGAGAAAACAACGACGCUCAAGGACCACCUUCACUGCUCACCAGUUGGAUGAGCUGGAAAAAGCCUUCGAACGAACUCAGUACCCUGACAUCUAUACUAGGGAGGAGCUCGCCCAGAGGACCAAGCUCACUGAGGCCAGAAUACAGGUAUGGUUCAGCAACCGUCGGGCGAGGCUAAGGAAGCAGAUGGCGUCAGGAAGCAUGACCAACUUUAAUGCAAUGGGUCUGCCCAUGUCUUACCACUCUGCGCCCUCCUCCUACAUGUUCCAGGGUUUCUCCGAUCCCAGCUCCACCUUCUCCGCCCAGACACAAGAUACCUCCGGAUUGUACCAGGGAGGCUCUGGAGGCCUCCACCAAGGCUCUCUGGCGUCGGAGGCUAGAGCCGUCAACAUGAGUGCCGCCGCCGCCGCUGCCGCCGCCUCCUCCUAUCCGUCCAUGAGUGCCGCUCUCUCCUCCUGCACCAACUCCGCCUUCAUCUCCUCACAGACCCCUGGUGGUAUGUGUGGCAGCCAGGGUGGAGGUGGAGGCCCCGUGGGAACAUCAUUGCCUCCGGCUGCACCUGCCUCAUGGGCCUCCAACCAGCUGCGGGGAGCCAUGGGAGGGGCGGGCACCUCGCCGCCCACUGCUGCCUCCACCCUCACGCCCUCCUCCUUCACUCACGGCCUGGCCCACCACGCCCGCACGCCCACGCAGCACUUUCCCACGCCUGUAUACUCCUGGUACUGAUCCAUCCUACACGUAGGUUGGAUUGGCUGGCGAGCGAGUACGACAACCAACCGAGUAGAGAAGUUAAACUAAUGGAGGGAUUCUGAUUGGCUGCUCUUGCCAGUGUGGAGAGUUCCACGAGUCACGACUUCUCCCCUGGGCUCUGUACUCUCCUUGGCCUUGAUAACGCUCCCUUCAGUUACAUACCAAAACAAAAGCAAGGAGGAAUGCUAAGCGCGCGUGCGAGCGUGUGCGUAAAGCUUCGUGUACAUUACAUUGUAUAUAUGAAUAUUUUUAAUGCCGUUUAUGUUCUUAAGCGAAACGUGUGUGGUUCGAGAAGUUUGGAGCGUUUUGAACACUUCUUGGAGUAGAAUUCUCUCGCUAAAAUAGUGAAAAAGAAACUACUUUCUUCACCGGUCAAUAAUUAAAAUAAUAACUAAAUAUUAUAGUUAUUAAAGGCUGUUAUUUCGCUUUAUUUAUUAUUAUUAUUUAGUCAGCGUCGGUAGAAAUUCACAGAGGAAUAUUUUAAACAAGAUUAGCCUUACUAAUUUUUUUUCGUCAUAGAAAGUGACAGUCUCCUCAAAAGUUGUGAGGUUGUGCAUAUGCAUCAGCUGGUGAGCAUAAAUGUAUCAUUUUCUGGACGAAAAUGGUGCUGAAAGACAUGCUUAAAUAUCAUUACAACAACAGGUUCUGCUGUUGUUGAUAGAUGAAUCGUGAACACGUCUAUAUCCUAUACUCUUCACCAUUACUGUGCUGCCCAAAAACGAGUAAUUUCUGAUCGUUCAAACUCAAGGGUUUAUUCGAUUUCCUGCCUUAGUUCCUCUUUCAUAUAUCCUUCACUUUCAUGUCUGUUGUUCAUUUGUUGGCUCACGACCUGCAAUGCAGAGGACCUUGAUCAUACACUCUCUAUCUCUCUUUGUCUUGACAAAAUGCUUCUAUCAUUCAUUAUUAGUCUGCCUUACUAGUAUUCGUUCCGGCAUUUGUUGCUCUUUUGCUUCUGACUAUUUUUCAUCUUUUACGACUCCUACCCUUUCUACGUUACCUCCACACCACAACACAGGAGAGAUAAGUCGUUCGCUGCCCACCGAGACAGGAGCGGUAUGGGCGUGAGACAGAUGUGGGAGUGCGGUGGGCGUGGGGCCCAGGGCACGGGUCAUGCCUCGAUGUGACCCGCGCCAGUUGGGCCCAACGAAGAAGGAAAGGAGAAAGAAGACCCCUUGUAAGAAAAUUUAUGGAAACACACACCACAGUGAAGCUUCGUGUCAACAGAGAUGCUCAUAAUAGCGAAGCUUCGAGCCGCAGACACUCACCUCAGCGAAGUUUCGAUCCAGAAGAAAUACCUCUGCGAAGCUUCGAACCAAAAGAAACACUCAUCACAGAAUAGUUUCGAGUCAGGAAAAACAUUCAUCAAAGCAAAGCUUCAAGUCAGCAGAAACACCACAGAAUAGCUUCGAGACAACGAAGCUUUAAGACAGCAUAACAUUCCUUACACUGAGGAUUCAGAUCAACUGGAAACACUGCAGCAAAGCACUGAGCGAACAGGAAACAUUACAGUGAAGCUUUGAUGAAGCAAGAAGCACACUACAGUGAAGCUUCCAGCCAACCAACUGUGACGCUUCAGCAGAUAUCUGUAAGCAUCCAACAUAAAAUGGUAGCCAGUUUUCAGAUGUACAAUGAGUGAAAAUGAGUUUUUAAAUUAUAUGCUAGCAAACAUAAUAUAUUACAUGAAGCCUAAAGUGAGAUAAUUCACAAAUGAAACAGUAUGAAAUCAGAAUGAGAGCCUGUUAAAAUUUGGCCAGUGAAUCCAGGGGGUUAUUAUUAUAUUCUUGGAGAAACGUUAAAUCCGUAACUAUACUGCGCCUAGGGAAUGGGAGGUAAUCAGCUUUGAUCUCAUUAAAGGGUAACUUCAAUUCUUUGGAUAAACAACAUUUCACCAACAUCAAGACAGCCCAUCCUCUGAAGGGUGUACUAAGAGAACAUAAAUGUUGGUCUUAAGAGUCCGUGUGUCUAGGGUUCUGAAAUACUAUAAUUAUUAUACCCAUGGCGAAGCGCUUAACCCAGUGGGAGCGUACAACAUCUAGAGAAUGGAUAGUAAUCGAGUUUGAUCCAAGGAAGGGGAGAAAAAUCACAAAAUCCUUUGAUCAAGGGCCCCUUCGCAGACAUCAAGAUACUCAUCAAUGAGUUUCCAGAGAGAAUUCUGGUGGUAAUGAAGAAAUUAGUUGAAAGUCAGGUUGUGUUAGGGCGUUGUUGAUGUUUCCUACACAUCACAACGUGUUAGUAAAACAAGCUAGACAACUAUGAUAUACGUCAAAUUUUGUAACCCUGCUCAAACAAACCUGCAACUGGAAGAAGGAAAAUAUGAAAGUAUAUAUGAACUUUAUUCAGUGUAUCCCAGUUUUGCCUGAUGAUUGUCUCACAGUGAGGCAAAUUAUGGAGCUUAACUAAAACAUUAAGUAUUGUUACAA